AUGUCGAAGGAGGAGCCUCUCGCAUCCGGCAUGUCUCUCCAGAGAAUUGGCGUCGAACCUGUCACAAAUAGCGAUUCAGGUGGCGACGUGGAAGUUCCCCGCAAGAAGCCCAGCAGACGCCGGCGGUGCGCCAUCUGCUGCUGUGUCUGCUGCGGCGUCUCUGUAGUGAUCCUCGGCAUCGUCAUACUCAUCCUCGCUCUAACUAUUUUCAAGGUGAAGGACCCCGUGCUGACCCUGAAUUCCGUGGCGUUCUCCGGUGUCGACGUGAGCCUGUUCAGUCAGUCUGGGCGCCAAGUUCCGGUAAAUGCUACGAUGAAUGCCGAUAUCUCAAUCAAGAAUCCAAACGCGGCCUCUUUUCGUUUCCGCAACAGCACGACCGUGUUCUACCACGACGGAAAGGAGGUGGGAGUGGCCUACGCUCCCAAUGGUAACGCUAGGGCUCACCGAACGGUCAGGUUUAACGCGACUGUGGACGUGUUCGCCGAGAAAGCUGUCGCGAUUCUGACGACGAAUUUGAGCAAAACCUUGCAGUUACUAGGGGGAAACAGCGUGAACAUCAAUCUGCGCAGUUUCACGGAGGUCGACGGGCGAGUAAAUCUCUGGGGGCUGUACAAGAAAAACCUAGAGGUAAAGAUGAACUGUACCAUGACUCUGGAGUAUGCCCUUGCCGCGCAGGUCAUCAGCAACAAGGAUUGCAGAGCUACCGUCAAUUAG